AUGAAGUACAACAUCGCUCUCGCUGCUUUGGCCACCACUGUCGCCGCCUUGGACCACCCUCUUCUCGGCCGCCAGAACGAUCCAACUGAACAAUACAUCCGAGAAGUCUGUUACCCGGACACCACUUCACCAGUUCCUCCUUGCCAGGCCAUCAUCAACAUUGAGUCUGCUUGUCAGCCUAACGGUACUACUCCUUCGGCUUAUGAGGCCCACCAGCAAUGCAUGUGCAAUGGCGGAUACUUCCCUAACUGGAGUGGCUGCUUGAACUGCGAGUACGUGCAUGGCACCCGCAGCGAAGCCGUCCGCGAAGCCUUUGAGAACAUCAUCUCUUCCGCAUCGUCGUCAUUCUGCGGUGCUUCCACGCCAACAGCUGUGUUCGCCCAGUACUUUUCUGCAGUUAGCGAUGCCAGCCCGCAAACAGCAACUGGCGCCGCUACCACCGUCAGCGACCAGUACCCUAGUCAGACCGCAGUCAGCCUCUACUACACCGCAACCGGUAAUCAGGGUCCUGGCGCCAUCACUGGCAGUGCUACUCAAGCUACCGCUGCAGUUUCUUCUGGCGCCACUGCUUCUGGUUCAAGCCAAAGCUCUUUGGCUGCCGGUGCGGCCACAACCAGCAAAGGCUUGACCACUGCCUCGAGCAGCGCUUCAAAGAUGUCGAGCACCUCUACCCACUCGAGCAGCGGCAGCGCAACUGGCUCAUCAUCUGCCGCUUCUUCGUCGGCAGCUGCCCACACUGGAGCUGCCAAUGUCGUCACUGUUAGCGAAGGCUUGCUUGCUGUUGUAGCUGGAGCUAUGAUGUUCAUGUAA